GAAUCGGCAGAACGAAGAUGUUAGGAACCAUAGCCAAAGGGACGGUGAUAUUAAAAAUAUAAUAGUGAUUCAUUUAUGAACGUGAAUAUUGAGUGCUUUCGAAAUCAUAGACAGUGGAAAGCACUGAAAUCAAGCCAACAAAAAAGCAUGAUCUGUUUGCAACAUGCCGAGCCAUCGAAUGCUAGCCCAGUUCCACUUGAUAGCAGUGUUUUUAUGCAUAGUCUUCUACUACUACCCUAAGGAUAGACUAUCAUCUGUUCAACUACUCACUGAACAGUGCCAAUAUGAAACCGGAACGCUAUGCCCGGAAUGUUUCCCGGAACCAGUCAACUGCAGCUUCUUCGAAAACCACAUCACCUUCGAUGGAUAUGAACUGAUGAGUGAGAUUGUAAAUCGAUUCAACCAGCAUGGCGUUCGCUUUGGUUUACUGAACGGUGAACGACGGGUUGUGAUCAAAAAUCUCAACAGAAAUGGAGCUAUUCAAUCGCUUAGGGACUCAACAUGUGAAGAACUCGGCAUAGAGCAGGAAAAUUGUCAUUUGAGAAACAAUGAACAAUUUCUCCAAUUACUGCGGCAACGGGUGCUGGAUGAAGAUCUCCUUGAAGGUGCCAUAAUUUGUCCACCAGGGGAUGAGGGAGCUCUUGCACGGUUUGUGCAGAAAUUUGAUGCACCAGACCUGAUGACACUGUUGUUGAUGAGAACGAACGUUCAACCACUAGUGUUACGGCUGUUGUCCCAACAUAAUCUACCGGUGCCAACGUUCAUAUUCCAAGGAGGAUUCACAUUGGUCGAAAGCUACGACGGUGAACCAUUGGGUAAUUUUUACGAAAGUCCAUUGAACUUAAGACUGAAGAUAGCAAACGAGUUAAUUAAGGCAAGCAUAAAUUUCACUACAGGAGUUGAUCAUUUCAGAUUCUACCUCACGGACAUCAGUCCUGAUAACAUCGUCGUGAAUGUUCUGCCUAACAACGAAGCGAAAGUUUCGUUUGUUGACAUGAACAACGUAAUUAUUCUCGAUAGUCACAGUAAAAGACUGGAUCCUGACAAACGCACAACCUCGCAUUCUCGAAUCGAUUGCGAUGGCUGUUUUGCCUACGUCCAGGAAGAUCUUUGUACCUAUCAUCAUAGCGAUAUUAAUUUGUUCGCAGUUUGUCAGUUACUUCUGGAAAACCUGAACGGGAAUAGAGAUAAAGGUUUUCUCCACAACACAGAAAACGACUCAAAGCUUAUACCUCUGAGAAAAUUGCUGCACCAUUGUGUGUACUGUCAACCACCCAACUGCAAAGAUCGCCAAGGAGUUCUCGCGCAGAUUCAGGAAAUGAUCCAUACAAUUUUGACUUAAUGUUUAUUUGUUGACAGUAAAAUCGAUCUCA